CCUCCCUUUUUUACAGUCAUCCCAGCCCAGGCAGGCGCUGGGACAGGAGACGGACAGAGUUCUGUUCAAGCACAAAGUAGAAGGUUUUGUAUGGAACACUUUAUGGAACAAACCUCACCAAAUCUGCAUGAUGGUAUAGGAUAGCCAUUGCUGUGUUCCAGAUGCUGACAUUACUGCUCUGUUUCUCUGCAUCAAUAUGAUUCCCGUUGCUGAGUUCAAGCAGUUUACUGAACAAACGCCAGCUUUUAAAAUUCUCAAGCCCUGGUGGGAUGUCCUGGCUGAAUAUAUCACUGUUGCUAUGCUCAUGAUUGGGGUGUUUGGAUGUACGCUUCAGAUAACUCAGGACAAGAUCAUCUGCCUCCCAAACCACAUAUCUGCUGAUGCUGUUUCUCAGAUUUCAUGUCAACAGUUUAUCCAAAAUCCACCAGCCUCUAACUCAAGCGAUGAGGACUAUCCCGCUUCUACCCCUACUCCUAGUUCUACUAAAAGUCCACCACGGGAGAUGAGUGGCUUGCGCAACAACCUAGACCUCCAACAGUACAGCUUUAUUAACCAAAUUUGCUAUGAGACUGCUCUACACUGGUAUGCAAAAUACUUUCCAUACCUAGUGGUUAUCCACACUCUAGUCUUCAUAAUUUUUGGCAAUUUUUGGUUUAAGUUUCCAGGUACUAGCUCCAAGAUAGAGCAUUUUAUCUCUAUCUUAGGCAAGUGCUUUGACUCACCAUGGACAACACGAGCACUGUCUGAGGUGACCGGAGAGACCCCACAGGAGAAGGCAAUAGACAGAGAUGUCUCCAAGUUGAAUUUGGAAGAGAAUGGUAGUCCUGCCAUUGCACCAACAAUUCCAGAUAAGCUGGUUGCUGACACCUCCUCAGCUAGUGUCCUGGACAAGAAGGAGGGUGAGCAGGCUAAGGCACUGUUUGAGAAGGUUAAGAAGUUCAGGCACCAUGUGGAGGAGGGUGACCUUCUCUAUUCCAUGUACAUGCGGCAGACAGUUUUAAAAUUCUGUAAGUUUUUGCUUAUCACAAUUUAUAAUGCAGCCUUAGUAGGCAAUAUACAUUUUAUUGUCCCUUGCAGUGUCCACACUGAAGAGAUGACUGGUUACAAUAGCUUCUGCUGCAAUCACACUAAAGCCCAUCUGUUCUCAAAGUUGGCAAUCACUUACAUCUGCUUUCUAAGUGUUUAUGGAUUGACAUGUAUGUACACAUUAUAUUGGCUUUUCCGACGCUCAUUAAAGGAGUAUUCCUUUAGAUCAGUACGUGAAGAGACUGGGAUAGGGGAUAUCCCAGAUGUCAAGAAUGACUUUGCAUUUGUACUACAUCUGGUAGACCAGUAUGAUUCUCUUUAUUCCAAGAGGUUUGCAGUUUUUCUCUCAGAAGUGAGUGAGAGCCGACUGAGACAGUUAAACCUUAACCAUGAAUGGCCUGCAGAGAAGUUGAGGCAGAAGCUUCAGGAAACACCAGAGGGAAGACUUGAGCUACAUCUUUUCAAGCUCCCAGGCUUGCCUGACACAGUAUUUGAGGUUACUGAAAUGGAAUCACUUAAAUUAGAGAUGCUUAGUGAGGUCAUUAUUCCUCCAAUGGUGUCUAAACUGGUUAGGUUGCAAGAACUGUCCCUCUUCAAUUGUUCGGCAAAAUUACAAAAUGGAUCCCUGGCAUAUCUUCGUGACCACCUAAGAGUCCUACAGAUUAAGUUUGAUACUAUCAAAGAAAUACCACUGUGGGUUUUCAGUCUUCGGGCACUGGAUGAACUUCACUUAAUUGGCUUUGUAUCUCAAGAUCUCUCCAAAAAUGCUGCCUUUGAAAGCCUUAAAGAGCUUAGGAGUCUCAAAGUUUUGACAUUCAAAAGCAACCUCUCUAAAGUACCUCCAACUGUAUCAGAAGUUGCUGGUCAUCUGCAGAAACUUAGUAUACACAAUGAUGGGACCAAGCUUUUAACAGUUAAUGCUCUGAAGAGACUUUCCCUACUGAAAGAGUUAGAACUCAUUCAUUGCGACCUAGAACGAAUCCCCCACGCUGUUUUUAGUCUCAGUAAUUUGCAGGUCUUAGAUCUGAGAGAGAAUAGCCUACACACUAUUGAGGAGAUAAUAAGCCUGCAACACUGUCGGAAAUUAAGUGUUCUAAGACUUUGGCACAACCAGAUAGCUUAUAUUCCAGAACACAUUCGUAAACUGAAGAGUCUGGAAGAGUUGUGCUUGAAUCGCAACAAAAUUCUAGUGCUUCCACCCCAGCUUUUCCUCUGCACCAAACUCCGACACCUAGAUUUGUCUUACAAUGAGAUCCGGGAAUUGCCUCCAGAGGUUGGGGUUUUACAGUUACUUCAAUACCUGAGCUUGACUGGAAACUUUUUAGAAGAACUUCCCAAUGAACUUUUCUUUUGUCAGAAGCUAAAGACUCUAAAAUUAGGGCACAACAAGUUAGGGAGCCUGUCCCCUAAGGUGGGAAGUCUAGUAGGUCUUUUAAAGCUUGAACUUAAAGGAAACAGGCUAGAGGUUCUGCCCCAAGAGAUAGGUCAGUGUGUGAGCUUAAGGAAGUCUGGGUUGGUGGUUGAACAAUCAUUGUUAGAUACUCUGCCUACAGAACUGAGGGAGAAACUGAGCGAGGAAUGAGAGGAAAAUGAAAUAAGAGAGGGAAAAAAUUGUAAGGAGAGGUGUAUAAAGGACCGAAUAUGAAAGAACAGUAUGAUACAAAAUUGAGGGCACAAACCCAAAAGUUAUUUAAGACCAUGAGAACUGGGACGAGAGAUUAAAUGUAGGUAGAGGAAUGAAGUUUAAGGGUGGAGAGAAUAAAUGGAGGCAAACUGUGUUUUAGGGAUAUUUCUAGGACAAAUUAAUAGAAUGUAAUUUGUUCAGGAAUUGAAUUACCAUUACCUAUCUCUGUCUUGCAUUUCCCAAGUCCAGUCUUUGGACUAUUAGCAUGUCAGUAUUUUAAGGCUCUCUGUACCUUGGCAUAUUAAACGAUUAGCUGUUUGAUUAGCCCAGGACUUCGUAAAUUUAAAAACCUAAGUUGUCGGUACAGCAAGAGUGAUUUGUGUCCUUAGAUACUAGUAACCUUUUGAUUUACAAACACACAGGGAAUCAAGGCGUUAAUCUGUAUGAUUUAACACCUUGAUUUCCAGGUAAGUACAUACCACUCCAGUGACCGCUACUGUAUAGACAAAGAGGCAUACUUGGUAUAGGCACAAACUAUGUAGACCUGUAUGUGAAAUGCAGCAAACGGCUACGUAAAUAUAAAUAUAGGAAUUGCCCAUAUUCAUGUCCUAGCACUUUGGGGAACUAACUGUGCAGAUAGGUACCCAGUAAUCCCAGGUAUAUGAAUAUACUGCCUCACAGCAAAAAUGUGCGUGUUGUCCCAGCUUAUGCCAAGAAUUGUAUGUAGUCUGUGGUCUCCUGCCAGGAGAUGCAAACAUUCAUUUUCUAGGCUCUCACUGAGCAAUGUUUACAGGCUUUGUGUUUCCCACUACCAUUUCUGUUAUUCAGUGUGCCUUUUUUUUAUUUGAAGGGCAGUAAAGGGGUAAGACAGGUCAGAGCUCACAAACCUUGGUGCAAUGCCUUGGUAUUAAGGCUACAUUUGACUCUGGAUUUGUCAAGUCCUGGGUUAACCAAUUUGUGAUCUAGUAGGUUACCAUUAACGUCCAGCCUGUUAGGUAUUCCUAAAGAAAGAAGUUUAGAAACACCAUGACAUACUCAUGGGGAGAAAAAAAAAGUAAAGAUGAAUGAAAAAUGUUAGAAGUUAUGUCUAGGAUGCCCUAAUACUUAGAAUUGUUUUUAGAAGGGGAAUUUUAGGACUCUCCAUCAAAACAUUUAGCAACUGUUGAUCUAAGGACUGACCAGCAUAUAUUUAGGAAGGAUGGAAAUAUGUAUUUUAAUGUUAGCUGCAUGUUCUUAAUAAUGUUCAUUUUUUUAAGUUAUUAAAUGAAAUAAACAUUUCAGUUAA